AUGGGAAGUGGCACCUCCACUCAACAUCAUUUUGCUUUUCAGAAUGCAGAGAAAGCCUUCAAGGCGGCCGCCCUGAUUCAGAGAUGGUACCGGCGCUAUGUGGCGCGCCUGGAGAUGAGGCGGCGCUGCACCUGGAGCAUCUUCCAGUCCAUAGAGUACGCCGGGCAGCAGGACCAAGUCAAGCUCCAUGAUUUCUUCAGCUACCUGGUGGACCACUUCACGCCCAGCAGCCACAACGAGAGGGACUUCCUGAACCGCAUGUUCACGGAGGAGCGAUUCCCCCAGGACUCCGAGAUGGACAAGUGCAGUGACUAUGAGUGCAUUGAGGUCCCGGACACUUACACAGGGCCACACCUCUCCUUCCCUCUCCUUCCCGGCCAUGCAACUGCCCUGGUGGAAGCUUUCAGACUGAAGCAACAGCUCCACGCUCGCUAUGUCCUGAAUCUUUUGUAUGAAACCAGGAAACACUUGGCCCAGCUGCCAAACAUCACCCGGGUCUCGACCUGUUACAGCGAGGAGAUCACUGUGUGUGGAGAUUUGCACGGCCAGUUGGAUGACUUAAUAUUUAUAUUUUAUAAGAACGGCCUCCCGUCGCCAGAGCGGGCGUAUGUGUUCAACGGCGACUUUGUGGACCGAGGCAAGGACUCCGUGGAGAUCCUGAUGAUUCUUUUUGCCUUCAUGCUGGUUUACCCAAAGGAGUUCCAUCUGAACCGGGGAAACCAUGAGGACCACAUGGUGAACUUACGAUAUGGCUUCACCAAGGAAGUGAUGUAUAAAUAUAAGAUCCACGGCAAGAAAAUAUUACGAACGCUCCAAGAUGUUUUCCGUUGGCUUCCACUGGCCACUGUGAUCGAUGAGAAAGUGCUGAUUCUUCACGGAGGCGUGUCAGACAGGACCGACCUGGAACUUUUGGCUAAACUAGACAGACACAAGAUCGUCUCCACCAUGAGGUACACAACGAGGAAGGAGAGCGAGAAACAGGCAGAGGCGAAGAAAAAAGACGACCAGGCGAGCUGCGCGCAGAGACCCACCCCGUGGUUCCUCCCCCAGAGCCGCUCUCUGCCCUCUUCCCCCUUCCACCUGGGCCCGGUCCCCAAGUCCCCCAAGGCCAACCGGUCCUGCAGCAUCCCCUGCAGCAGCCCCCUCACCCGGCAGGAGCUGUCACGGCAGGUGCGGCGCUCCGUGGACCUGGAGCUGGAGCGCUGCUGGCGGCAGGCAGGCUUCCCGGCCGUCGGGGAGACAGAGGAGCCACUCUCCCCCGUGUACAAGGACCUGGACACUGGAGAGCUGCCCACGGCCACUCGGGAGGAGUGGAGGCAGGUCGUGGACAUCCUGUGGAGCGACCCCAUGGCUCAGGAGGGCUGCAAGGCCAACGCUGUCCGAGGAGGGGGCUGUUACUUCGGGCCUGAUGUGACGGAAGCGUUGCUGCAGAAGUACAACCUGCAGUUGCUGAUCCGGUCACACGAGUGCAAACCUGAAGGCUAUGAGUUCUGCCACAACCGCAAGGUGUUAACCAUCUUUUCUGCCUCCAACUACUACGAAGUCGGCAGCAACAGAGGGGCCUACGUCAAACUGGGGCCAGCCCUGACCCCACACAUCGUGCAGUACCAAGCUAACAAGGCAACCCACAUGCUAACCAUGAGGCAAAGGAUCAGCAGAGUGGAGCAGUCGGCUUUGAAAGCUCUGCGGGAGAAGUUAUUCGCUCACUCCUCAGAUCUUCUGAGUGAAUUUAAGAAACGUGAUACGGAGAAGACUGGUCUCAUCAGCCUGGGGGACUGGGCCGCGGCGCUGGAGUCCGUGCUGCGCCUGGGACUGCCGUGGCGGAUGCUGAGGCCGCAGCUGGUGAGCAGCGCCGUGGGUAACACGCUGGAGUACAAGUCCUGGCUGGAGAACCUGGCUAAGGAGCAGCUGAGCCGCGAGAACAUACAGUCCAGUUUGCUGGAAACGCUCUACCGAAACCGAUCCAACCUGGAGACCAUUUUUAGGAUCAUAGACAGCGACCGUUCAGGGUUCAUCUCGCUGGAUGAGUUCAGGCAGACUUGGAAGCUGUUCAGCUCUCAUAUGAACGUUGACAUCACAGACGACUGCAUCUGCGACCUUGCCCGGAGCAUCGACUUCAACAAGGAUGGCCACAUCGACAUCAACGAGUUCCUGGAGGCUUUCCGCCUCGUGGAGCGGUCCUGCUCCAAGGGCAGCGCCUCAGACGGCUUGCCCGGCACGGACGCUGCCAGCAGUGGCCCUGGCAGGCCGGGAGCACCCUGA